AUGGAUUCAUAAAUGGAAGAGCAACAACUUUUUGGUAAUCACUCCUUAUCAAGUAAAUUUAGUUUAUAGAGAUAGUCUCUAGUAGAUACACAGAAAGAAACAAUCCAUUACAUCUUUAUCAUCAUACUAAUUAGAUUGGAAUAAAACAAAUACCUGAGAUAGAAAAUUAAGAAAUCCCUUUUGAAGAUGGGAGUGCCUAAGAACAAAUCUCUCAGCAUAAUUUAUCUAAUCCAAUAACAUCAUCAGAAAGAAAAAGCUAUAUACAGCAUCAAAAUAAUGAAAAUAAGGAAUCCCCAUUUCGAUAACCUUUAGAAAGAUAGAGCUAAUUCAUUCCUGAGCCAGAUGAACAAAAAAACUUUUUGCAACUAAUUAGAAGAAAAAAAUUGAUAUAAAAAUUUAUAUCAAGAACUCGAUAAAAAGCUUAUAUAUUUACAUAAUUAUUGGCAGAGUAAUUUAUGAAAUUCUAAUUCGAAUAGUACAUUAUUAAGAAUAAACAAAAUAUUAAAAAUGUAAUUGAUAAUGAAAAUAAUGAAAAGAUGAAAACAGGUAAAUUAAAUUUUAUCCCUUUGUUUUAAACUCAAUAACCUAUUCUUAUGAUUUGGGAAUUCUUUGUGUUUAUUUAAACUUUAUAUAUAACUUGGUGGGGACCAUUCACAGUAGUAUUUGAAAAUAAUGUUCAUAAAAAUACAAUAUCUGAAAGUAUAAUUAUAUAUUUUGGGAUAUUUGAUGUAUUUAUGAUGAUGAAUAAGAGUUUAGUUUAUUAAGGAUAGAUUUUAGAAGAUAGAAAAACGAUAAUAAAAUAAUAUUUAAAAAAUUAAUUUGGAGCUGAUUUGAUUUCAAUAUUUACAAUAUGUUGUAUUGAUAAUAGAAAUUAUGCAUAAGAUUAGGAAAUAAUUUUUAUAAUUUUAGUAUUAAUUUUGAUAUACAUAAAUUAAAAACGAAUAAUGAAUAUUUUAGAUAAAAUUCAGGAAUCUUUUGAUGUUUAAUAGGAUGCAUUUGAUUUGAUAAAGGUUUUGUUGAUAAUAGGAUAUUUUGCUCAUAUAAGUGCAUGUAUAUGGGCUCGAAUAUCAAUGAUAAGUGAUAAACUUGGUUGUAUGUCUUGGAUGAAAAAUUAUGAUGUAGAUAAUCAAUCAUCAUGGAUUUAAUAUAAUUUUUCAUUUUAUUGGGCUACGAUGACAAUGGUAACAGUUGGUUAUGGAGAUAUAACUCCAUAGAAUGAAUAUGAAAUGUUGUGUGCAAUAUUAAUAAUGUUCAUAGCGAGUAUCAUAUUUGGUUAUUCAUUGAAUUCUAUUGGAAUAAUUUUAAAGAAUAUAAAUGAUCGAUAAUAGAAGUUUAGGUAAUAAGUUAAUAAGAAUAGGAAGAAAAUCUUAAUUGUUAAUAAAUUCUUAUAUGAACAAGAAUCAAGUGAGUGUUUAAUUGUAAUGUAAAAUAAGGAACUACUUGAAAUAUUAUAUAGAAUAAGAUAAUUUUUAAAAUGAUGAAGAGGUAAUAACACUAUUUUGAUAUGAAUAGUUAAAUUCUUUGAUUUCUAAAUUAUCUCCAGGAUUGAGAGAAGAGUUGUUAUAUGAUAUAUAAAAGAAACCUUUAAAAUCUAUGGAUUUUUUUAUUAAGGAAAUGUCUUAGGAAGUUUAGAAAUAGAUAGCUUAUCAAUUAUAAGCAUAACAUUUUGCACCUUUGGAAGUUAUAUAUUAAUAAAAUAGUUAUGAUGAUAAUUCAUUAUAUUUGAUAGUAGAAGGACAAGUUUAAUUGAUUGAUGAAAGAAAUAAUGAGAUUGUUCAUAAAUAUGAAAAAGGAUAGUGUUUUGGUAAAUAUGAAUUUUUUACUGGUUUAAAUAGAGAGUUAUAAGCUAGGAGUGAAACAUUUUCACAUGUCUAUAGUCUGAAAAGGAAUGAUAUGAUUAAAAUAUUAGAAGACUUUAUGGAUGAGAAAGAGAAAUUUGCAAAUAUGAAAGAUUAAAUAAUAAUUCUUAAAAAUUUGUAGAUAAUUGAUUUUAAUUGUUAUUUCUGUAAUGAAUUUACUCAUACUUAUAAUUAAUGUCCUUAUUUAUAAUACAAACCAGAUUUAGAGAGAUUAAUAAAGAGAGAUGGAUUUUGUAAAUAAAAUAGAAGUCGUUUUAUGAGAUAAAAAUUAAGGACAGGAUCCUCUUUAAAUUUAUUAAUAGUAUUAUAUUAUAUAUAAUUAAUUUAGAUAAAGAAAGAAUAACAUGAUAAAUUUCUAAAAGAUAUAGGUAUUGAAUUAGAUAGUUCAUAAUCUUCAUCAUCGUCAUCUAGUGAAAAGAAAGAACAAUCUUAAUAGUUAUCAAAUUAACGGAGUAAUUCUAUAGAGAGAAAGGAAGAAUUUUAAUAAGGAAAGAAGGAAUAUUUGUCAACUGUAAAUUUAGAGAAUAAAAUGACAGAAAGGUAUACAAAGUAGAGAAAGAAUUAAAGAUAGGGAUCUCAUAAUACUCAUUUAAUUUAAACAUAAGCUAUAAAAACAUUAUAGAUGGAUUAAGAGGUUGAGAAUACACAUCUUUCUAAACGGAAGAGAUCAUAAUCUAUUAAAGAUAUAGCUCCAAAGAAUAACAAAAGAAGAAAUAGUUAAGAUUCAUAAAGUGGAGGAGGUUCAAAUCAGAAUAAGAAAGCUAUGUCAAUGAAUAAUACGACAACCAAGAUAUUGAAUAAUAUUAAUUUAAAUAGCAUCAAAUCUAUUAUAGAAUAAUAAAUAGAUUUUGUAAAAUUGACAGAAGAAAUAGAUUAAAAUAGAUUAUAAUUCUUAAAUUGUGAUAUGGAAAAGAGUUAAUAGUUUAAAUACUAUUUGCCAUAGAAUAAUUUAAAUUAGAUUUUAUUAUAGUAUCAAUUAAGAUAAAGAAGUAAUAAGUUUAAAGGAAGAUGUGAAUCAAAUAGAUAUUCAAUAUUUUAUAAUGUUAAAAAAUAAGGAUAGAUAAAUAGAUGUUAAAAGGGAGGUAGAGGAAGUCGUGUUUGUUCACCAGGGAGUAAGAAAUUGAUAUGUAAGAAUAAAAAAAAAUCAUUUUUAAUAAGUCCUUUGUAAUAGGAAGGUUGA